AUGGAAAGCAACAAUCUCUCCAUUAUGGCUGUGGUACCAUUCAUAUAUAGCCCCAACGACGUUGACAUUAGCGACGGCGCGGCUCUUGCACCGAUCUACUCCGAGAAAGGCGGGUUCCUGAAAACAACAUGCUAUAGCAAUUUCGACUUUGACGGUCACCCGACAAUAUUUUCGGCGUUAGAUCCUGCACACCGGGCCCUUAGAUCAAAGGCUGUUGUCAGCAUGUUCAGCCCGGCCUCUAUCCGAAAGGAAGGCGACCAAAUACUGAGAUCCUGCGUCGAUAGGUUGAUGGCGCAUAUCGAAAAUGCAGCAGCUUCUGGCAAACCCGUCAACAUGCUCAAUAUGGGCAGAUGUCUAGCUCUUGAUGCAGUGACGGAAUACCUCCUAGGCAAGACAUACGGAGGUAUUGCGGAGCUGGAGGCAAGCAGAAGCACCAGGGACUCAAGCAGCCUCUCUGCCAGCGAGUUCGUGGACACCUUUGUCGCAGUUGGAAGAUUCUUCUUGCUUCCUAGUUGGAUCUUUCACGCCCUCGAGUGGGCUCUCCCGAAGUUGUUCCCGGAUCAGAAGGUCGACCAGUCGAUGGAACUCGUAACAAAGUUCUGCGAUCAGGUCGUCGCCGAGGCCGACCUGGAGAAAGACCAAACGUACCAGGCUCGUUUACUGCGAGCUGGCAUCAGCGAAGAAGAAGCUGCUGUUCAGUGUAUGGAUUUGAUGUUUGCCGGCACAGACAGCACUGGCAUGAAUUUUGGUGCUAUUUGCUGGCAUUUGGCACAGUCGCCCUCAAUCUAUCAGAAGCUCAAAGUCGAGCUUGCAUUGCCAGAGGUAUCGCAAGCCGACCCGCAAACUCUUCCCUACUUACGUGGCGUGGUACGCGAGGGUCUUCGAAUGUCAAUGGCAAAUCCGACUCGUCUUCCACGCGUUGUGCCGCCCAGCGGAUUCACAUUCGCAAGUAAGAUGCCUUCUGGGGAAACUGUGACUUUUGAGUUCCCAGGCGGAACCUGGAUUGGAUGCGCACCAUUUAGCCUGCAUUUCAACGAUGCUGUCUUCCCUAAUCCGCAUGAAUUUCAGCCAGAACGAUGGCUUGAGCCUAGCGAGGAAAUGCUACGCGAUGCCAUCCCAUUUGGACUUGGACCGCGGCAGUGUAUUGCUCGGAACCUUGCUUCAAGUGAGCUCUUCUGGGCAGUCAGGGCACUAGGUAUAUCUGGGGUGCUGGAUGGAGCUAGAACAACAGGGCUGAUGAAGGAUGGGAUUAUUGUUGACGAAUGGUUCAACUCAAAAGUUCCUGGACAUGCUAUUGAGCUGAUAUGGGAAUCAUCGUAG